AUGUCCAAGAACGUAUUGACUACAUCCAACGGAAACCCAGUUGAAAAUAAUCAGACAUCCCAAACUGCUGGCUAUUGGGGUCCUGUUCUUCUUCAAGAUUUCCAUUUAAUUGAUAAACUAGCUCACUUUGACAGAGAGCGUAUUCCUGAACGUGUUGUUCAUGCUAAAGGCGCUGGUGCUCAUGGUGUAUUUGAGGUUACCCAUGACAUCACCCACCUUACAAAGGCAAAAUUCUUGAGCCACAUUGGUAAAAAGACACCAGUGUUCCUUCGAUUCUCAACUGUUGGUGGUGAAAAGGGUAGUGCUGAUACUGCUAGAGAUCCUCGUGGCUUUGCCGUCAAGUUUUAUACUGAAGAGGGUAACUGGGACAUGGUUGGUAACAACACACCCGUCUUCUUCAUCCGUGAUCCAUCCAAAUUCCCAGACUUUAUUCACACUCAAAAGAGAAACCCUCAAACCAAUAUAGCUGAUCCUGAUGCCUUUUGGGAUUUCCUCUCUCUUGUCCCAGAGUCCAUCCAUCAGGUCACUAUUCUCUUCUCUAACAGAGGUACACCUGAUGGCUAUCGUCAUCUGAACGGAUAUUCUUCACACACACUCAAGUUAGUCAACGAAAGAGGUGAAUUCAAGUAUGUCAAAUGGCAUUUUAAGACAGACCAAGGUAUCAAAAACUUAAAGGCAAGCAAGGCUGCUGAAUUGGCCGGUACCGAUCCUGAUUACGCAACGCGCGAUCUUUUCAACUCUAUCGAACGUGGAGAGUAUCCCUCAUGGUCUGUAUACAUCCAAGUUAUGAAUCCUGAAGAUGCAAAGAAGUACCGUUUCAACCCAUUCGAUGUCACCAAAGUCUGGUCACACAAGGACUAUCCCCUUCAUCCUGUUGGUAAAUUGACCUUGAACCGCAACCCAGAAAACUACUUUGCCGAAACGGAGCAAGCUGCAUUUUCUCCUUCUCAUAUCGUUCCUGGUAUUGAUAUCACUCCCGAUCGUAUGCUCCAAGGUCGUCUCUUCUCUUACCCUGAUACCCACCGUCACCGUCUUGGCGCUAAUUAUGCUCAAAUCCCCAUUAAUCAACCUCAAAGCCGUGUCGCCAAUCAUCAGCGUGAUGGCCAAAUGGCUGUGCUUGGUAACGGAGGUUCUGCUCCUAACUAUGAACCCAACUCCUUUGGCGGUCCUUAUCAGACAAACAUUGCUGCCACAACCUUUACUGCCGAGGAGAUCGAAGGUGCCACUGGUCGUCACAGUUAUCAAUUAACAGACGAUGACUUUGUCCAAGCUGGUGACUUGUACCGUCUUAUGUCUGCUGAAGAAAAGACAGAUCUAGUCAAUAACAUUGCUGGUCAUUUGAAGAAUGCCAAGAAGCACAUUCAAGAACGUCAAAUCGCUCACUUUAAGCGUGCUGAUCCUGAAUAUGGACAGCGUGUGGAAGAAGCUAUUUUGGCUUUGAGCGCAAAGGCUUAA